AUGAAACCCAUCGAGCAAUGGAGAAAACUGCUCCAUGGAUGUGUGUCCCGUCGAGUUGAAGUACAAACUUUCCGCAAACUUGUCAAGAUAUUGUUGAGACGUGCUCCACUGCCACAGGCAUCUUUGGUUGAGGUGUUGCUCGACUCCCGCUCCAUCACUGCAGAUGUUUUCCCUUAUGAUCCAUUGAUACCUCGGUAUGCCACCGUGCUCAGGAGGCUGGGUGUAAUAAGGACGUCCACUUUUCUCGAUGGUGUGAGGAAACGCUCUUUCAUCGGGUAUACCGGCACAGAUCACGACAAGCAAGCCGAUCAAAAAAGAGCGGCCAAAUCUUCGACACUAAUGACCGAUACCCGGAUUGUGCAAGAUGCUAUAACCUCACUAUCAUCAACUAAUUUGUCCCUAAGCACACAUGAGGUCCAUAGUUUAUUCACGGUAGCCGCCGAAUGGAUCCUAGCCGUGGUCCGCUGGCAUACAAGCAAUAUCAGCGAUGAUCACCAGUCCGGUGGCUUAUUCAGCUCGUCAAAUGCACUGGCAUUGUUCGAAUCUCUGGGAAUUCUGUUGGUUGCUUUAUCGACAACGGAAAAAGGUCUGGAAGCUCUUUCUUCCGAUGACACACAAGGAUUUAAAAUUAUGCUGGGACAAGCUCUAACCGCAUACUUGUCAUCAUCUACUACUAUUUCGUUGAACUUGCGGAAUCGCCUUGACAGUCUGCAAAAAGGCUACCAGCUAUAUGGGGAACCAGCUCCGAAAGAUCUUGAUGUACAGAUGAUAGAUGGAAUGAAUAUGAACGCGCUCCAAUUUGAAGCAUCCGUCUUGGAUGGGCCCGUGAUUAAUUCCAGAGCCGGUCUCUAUAUAUACAUUAAUGCCCUAGGCCAGCAAGAAGUCCUCAUCCAAGAGCUCAUUACUGCGACAUUCGAUGUACUCUCUAAUGCGAUGUAUCGUAAUGAGUCUGGCCGCAAUAUGUUUGUAUUUCGGUCAUUCCUCGUCAAUAAACUGCCACCAUUUCUCGCCGGCAUGGCAGCUACCUCGAUAGAUCAAAUCCCCAUGGAGAUGUGUAUCAGCCAUGCGCUCAACCGGGUUGAUCCUAACGCUUUUCCAUCUUUCUCCCAGAUGUUUGAAAUGCAAGGAAAUACCGUUCUUUCGGACGUUCGACAGGAAUUUCUGUUUGCAUGCGCUCUCCACCGUUUAAUCCCCGAAUCUAGUAUCGAACGCUUGUUGGGAGAGAAUCCAAUGCAGACGCUACCCGUUGGUGGUCGAUAUGUUAAGGACGAUAUUGUGGUCAAGAUUCAUGCGAACCAGGAAGUAGCGGACCAUCUGAUAUCGGAGAUUGAGUUUAUGGAAGGAAAUGCAGGUGCUGUUGUCGCCGCUGUUACAGAUGUUAUACACUCCCUUUGUUUUCAGAAGGAAACGGUAACGCUGAAAAGCAUUUGCAACUCACUGUCUCGGCGCCCCCAGGUUCUUGAUGUAAUGCUUCUUUUUCGCAGCCCAAAGAGCAUAUUACAACCUCUGUGCUCACUUCUAAACUCAUGGAAGUGGGAUGAAGAUCAAGGCGAAAGCCAGCCCUUGUAUGACGAAUUUGGCAGCAUAUUACUUCUAGUUCUCGCAUUUAAAUACCGUUACGAUCUCAAUCAGUAUGAUCUCGGCAUCUCAGAUAGCAACUCUUUCAUAUUGGAACUAUUUGAUCGAGGUGCGACCAGUCUGAAACUGGCUAAUCUUUCUGCUGAACAAAAUAAAAAUAUUGGCGCUUGGAUCUCUGCGCUCUUCAUUGCGGAAGGGAUUAGCGAAGAGACAAUGUCAGCGUGCAGUCCCCAGAAGUUUUACAUGCUUGUAUCUACCUUGUUCAGCCAGACAUUGGGAGCUUGCGAGCUGGGAAAGCUGGAACUAGAUGUUCUCAAGGGUGGAUUUGAAUACUUGCUUGAGCCAUUCUUGUUGCCCUCUCUGGUUUUUGCACUUACGUGGCUGGGGAACUACAUCUGGGAAUCAUCAGAGACAGAUCCCACAAUCCCUCUUAAAGUGCUUUAUGCUCUUGUAAAACCGAAUUCAAUAUCUGGAGAGGCAGAGGCGUGCCACCGGACGGUCUUGAAUAUCACCGCACGAACCCUGGAAGAACAGCUAAAGGAUGUUGCGCUUGCACUCGAUGUGCGAGGACGAGAUGCCCGAAAUCCGAACCGCUCAAGUAUCAAGUCAAUCUAUGACUCAGACAUCAAGCCGAUCCUGGACGCCCUCGAACCGUACUUAUCUUUCCAGUGUAAUGGAAAUAGCCGUCGGUCUGAGCUUGAUAGCUGGACUACACACUCCGAAGGCAUCAGGGGCGCGAUAAGGAACACAUUCCAGGGCUUAGUAUUAUGGAGUGCGAGUGCUGGGAUGAGCAUGUCUCCUCACGCCUAUACGCACCGCCUGAUUCUUGCAGGCAUACGCCUAUGCACGUCGUCCGAUGUGCUAUCGGUCUUGAUCGAUGAGCUAAAAGCACAAGCAGAAGAUGCUAGUGGCAGUUUUGACCUAGCGCUCGAUGUCGCAACCACAAUAGUAUGCGCGCCAAUGCCCGAGUCUUUCGCUCAGGAACACACGAUAUACCAUCCAAUUGAUCCGAGCAAGGAGGCGUUUCCGCGUGCCCCAAUUUUGACGCUCCGUGACGCUCUCAUGAUGCAGCAUCAAAAUGUAGCCAAGCUGUCUGAAAAGGAUCCUGCUCGCGCCGAAGUCAUAGUCAGACUAACUCGGCGCGUAAACUCCCUCUUGACGCCCCCAGCCCAUGUAGGCAGUCUCGAUGUGACCAAUAUAAUUGAAAAUAUCAAUCUUGAGGCUGCUGCCGCGGUCGCCGCAGGUCGCGAUCCAAUGGAUCUCGGCGAUGGCGCCGGCACAGGCGCGGGUACAGGUGAUAACGGUGAUGGGCUAGGGGGAGUAGGAGGUGCUGGGCCAGGAGCAGGAGGUGCCUCAAACGAGCCUAUUGAUCAACUCCUCAACGGCGUAGUUGCUGCCACGGCGAACAAUGAUGGAUCUGGAGGCGCGUCGGAUCAGCAUGGUCUUGAUACUGCGGGCAUGGACACGAGUUUGGAUGAUAUAUUGAAUGCGGCGAAUAUGGGGAAUCCGGAAUUUUUGGAUCUAGAUAUGGAGGGGAUGUUUUGA